AUGUCCCGAGCUGAGCCGAGCCGCAGGUGCCCCGAUCCCCGGCGUCUCCCGCCGCGCUGCCCGGUGCCCGGUUCCCCGUGCCCAGUUCCCGGUGCCCGGUGCCGGUGCCAGGCUCGGGUCCGCCCGAUUCCCAUUGGUGGGGUUGGGCCGGGCCCCGCCCCGCUCCCCCCCGCCCGGGCGCUUAUAAACGGGCGCGGCGGGGCCGAGCGCGGCGGCAGCGGCGGGGCCGGGCCCGGGAUGGAGCCGGGGCUGGAGCGCUGGGCGUACGGCGCGCUGUGGGCCGCCCUGGCCGGUAGCCUGGCGCUGCGGGCGGCUCGGCGGGCCCUGGGGCCGGGCCGGGGGUUGCUGCUGCCCCUGGCUCUGCUGGCCGGGCUGCAGAGCCUGUGCCGCGCCUGCCUGCCGCUGCCCCUGGGGCUGGCCCUGGCCGCCGCCGCCGCCUGCCUGCUGCUGUGGCGGGCAGCGCCUCGCCGGCUGCUGCCGGUGGCGGGCAGAGCCGUCCUGGUGACAGGCUGUGACUCGGGCUUUGGGCAGGCAACAGCACGGCACUUGGACACCAUGGGCUUCCGGGUGUUUGCCAGCGUGCUGGACCCGCAGGGGCCCGGAGCCCAGGAGCUGCUCAGGAGCUGCUCACCGAGGCUGACACUACUGCAGAUGGACCUGACCAAACCAGGGGACAUCCAGCGUGUCCUGCAGCACAUCCAGGCCCACACCAACAGCACAGGGCUCUGGGGCCUGGUGAACAACGCUGGCUUCAACGACACCAUCGCCGACGCAGAGCUGUCACCACUGGGCAAGUUCCGUGCCUGCAUGGAGGUGAACUUCUUCGGGUCCCUGGAGCUCACCAAGGGGCUGCUGCCCCUGCUCCGCUCCGCCGGCGGCCGCAUCGUCACCGUCAGCAGCCCCGCAGGUGACCUCCCCUUCCCCUGCCUGGCAGCUUAUGGGGCCUCGAAGGCAGCCCUCAGCCUGCUCAUGGACACCUUCCGCAGUGAGCUCCAGCCCUGGGGUGUCAAAGUCAGCAUCGUCCUGCCCGGAUACUACAAAACAGGGACGACAUGCGACCCUGCCUUCUGGAACCUGCAGAAGCAGAGGCUGGUGGCCAGCCUGCCCCCGGAGCUGCUGCAGGCUUACGGCGAGGACUACGUGGAGGAGAUCAACCGGCAGUUCAUCCAGUUCAUGAAGGUGGCCGUGGAGGACCUCAGCGCCGUGGUGAACAGCAUCACGGACGGGCUCCUGGCCGCCAGCCCCGCCGUGCGCUACUACCCGGGGCAGGGCCUCGGGCUGAUGUACUUCAUCCACCGCUACCUGCCCUACUUCGUCCGGGACUUGUUCCUGAAAGGAUUCUUCAUCAACCCCAAGCUGCCCCGAGCUCUGCGGCGGGAACAUCACAAGGAGGCCAAGAAUCAACGUUUUCUAGAGACCCUGGUUUUGUAUUUUUUUCUACCCGCGCGUCCUCCCGAGGGGCCGCCCCUGCCUGACUCCGCGGCUCCGCACCACACGCUGGGAUGCACCUGGGGUGGUCCCCGGCCACCCGGCACCUUCCUCACCGCCGGGGGGGCUGCAAGCAUCUGUCUCCAUCAGCUCUUGGCUAGGUCAAGCCUGGGCUCCUGCGGGCACUGCCACGCCAGCCCUCGCUGCCCUGCUGCUCCUCACACACUCCAGGUGCUCCCGGGGAGCGCAGGGGCCGCAGCCGGGCUGCAGAGCUCUUCACGAGGUGAACCGUGUGAUUGUCACUUUUUAAAUAAAUCUGUUCUUGAUACGCUGCUGGGCUCCGGACAUCUCCUUCUCACACUCAGGUGUCCGGGGUGA